AUGGCAUCUAAGGAAGCAAAGAUCGAUGAGGAUCUCUACUCGAGGCAGAUCGGUGCCUAUGGGUUGGAAACCAUGGGCAAGCUCGUGAAGUUGCGCAUACUCGUAUCAGGCAUGCGAGGAACUGGUGUCGAGACUGCUAAGAACCUUAUCCUUGCUGGCCCUAACACUGUUGUUAUCCACGAUGACUCCAUUGUAGAGGCUAGAGACAUGGGAUCAAACUUCUAUGUUACUGAUAAGGAUGUGGGAGUCACGACCAGAGCUGAGGCCAGCUAUAGAAAGCUCCAGGAGCUCAAUUCGUAUGUUAAUGUGAGGACUAUGGCUGGCCCUUUAGGGGAUGCUGCGCUCUCCGAUUUUGAUGUUAUUGUCCUCUGCGACGUACAUAACCGCGACGAACGUGUGAGGAUAAACACUUAUUGCCGCCAACAUAAUAUCGGUUUCAUUGCUACCGAUGUCUAUGGUCUGGCUGGUCGUAUUUUUGUUGACUACGGCGAUAACUUUGUUGUGAGGGAUAAGGACGGUGAGGAGUGCCGCACUGCUAUUGUGUCUGGCAUUACUCAGGAUGAGCAUGCUGAAGUUAUCACUUAUGGAGAGCGGCGUCAUGGCUUCCAUAAUGGUGAUUAUGUUACAUUCACUGAAGUAGAGGGCAUGACUGAGCUCAAUGGUUGUGAUCCUGUACAGAUCAAGGUCACUGGGCCUUACUCCUUCUCUAUUGACAAGGAUACUCGUGACUAUCAUGCAUACAUAAGGGAGGGUACUGUUACUCAAGUGAAGAUGCCUGAGACCAUGAAAUUCAUAUCACUCGAGGAGAGUGAGAAGAACCCGGUCCCCCCAAGUGAGGGUAUGCUACCAGUGCCCGAUCUGGCCCGUAUCUGGGCUGCUGCUGUUGCUGCUCGAUCGGAUGAUGUGUACGAGGCCGUACUUGCCGCUACGAAGGCCAUCAAUGAGGAAAGGAAGGCUCAUAAGGAUGAGCUCAGUGUGGACGAGGUUGAUGAAGCUGUUGUUCGUCGUGUUGCAUACUUCUAUCAGAGCUGCAUCUCACCUAUGGCAGCCUUUGCUGGUGGGGUUGUUGCCCAGGAAGUGGUGAAGUACACAGGCAAGUUCACACCAUUGCAUCAGUCAUUGUAUUGGGAUAUGUUUGAGCUAGCCGAUGAUGAUACAAUGGAUUCCAAAGAUAUGGCCAACUUUACUGACUCUACCAGAUAUGAGGAUUAUGUAACCGUUGUGGGCAAGAAGAAUUUCGAUAAGAUUAUCAACUCGAAGAUCUUCCUAGUUGGUGCCGGAGCACUCGGCUGCGAGUUCCUCAAGGCUUUCAGCACGAUGGGAGUCGGCUGUGGUCCAAAGGGCAAAGUCACUGUUACGGAUAAUGAUAGGAUCGAGGUAUCCAAUCUCAACCGACAGUUUCUCUUCAGGAAGCAGCAUGUAGGGAAGCAAAAGUCGAUUACUGCCGCUAAUGCUGCUAAAGACAUGAAUCCUGCACUUAAUGUCGAAGCUAUUGAGGUCCGUGUUGGGCCGGAGACUGAAGACAUCCUCGAUGACAAGUUUUGGGAAUCACAAUCGUGCAUGGUUAAUGCGUUGGACAACAUUGCUGCGAGGUUGUAUGUCGAUAGUAGAUGUGUAUGGUAUGAGAAGCCGUUGAUGGAGUCGGGCACUCUAGGGACUAAAGCUAAUGUUCAAGUAGUGCUACCUAAUGUGACACAGAGCUAUGGGGAUAGUCAAGACCCUCCAGAGGACAGUAUACCUCUGUGUACCUUGAAGCAUUUCCCAUAUGCCAUUGAACAUACAAUUGAAUGGGCUAGAGACCAAUUCCAAGGUUUAUUCACUGAAACACCUCAGGAGGUUCUCACUUAUUUGAAGAACCCUAGCGAAUACAUCGAUAAGGUCUUGGCGGAGGGUGCCAGCUCGGUACAGAAGGACAAGUUGGAGUCUGUGAAGAAGUUCCUCAGCAAAGAGCUCACAAUGCAACACUGUGUUAACCUAGCUGUUGAUGAAUUCACUGAUAAGUAUGACCACGCUAUUGCGCAGUUGUUAUACAACUUCCCUCUGGAUCAUAAGAAUAGUGAUGGAAACCUGUUUUGGUCUGGUCCCAAGAGGCCUCCACAGGUUAUUCAUUAUGACCCUAAUGAUGAACUGCAUGUAGCCUUUGUGUUCGCCUGUGCCAAUCUCUAUGCUACAGUAUUGGGUAUACCAGUGGCACAUGAUAAGGAGGAGAUUAGAGAGCUAUCAAUGAAGUGCACUAUCAUCCCGUUUGCACCACGCAAUAUGAAGAUCAAAGUCAGUGAUGAUGAUACCAGUACUGAGGAGGGAGCAUGUAUGGAUGAUGAGGAAGCAGUCCAGGUGAAUAAUAAAAUACUCUUUCUUGUUACGAUAUCUAACAACCAUCAUCAUGAUUGCUGUUGCCAGACCUUAGCGGAGCAAAUGCGCAGCAUCGAUCCGGAGCUCAGAAGUAACCUACAGAAGCGUAUCAGCCCAGCUGAGUUCGAAAAGGAUGAUGAUACCAACUUCCAUAUCGACUUCAUUGCAGCCUCGGCCAACUUGCGUGCUAGAAACUAUAAGAUCAACGAGGCUGAUAGGAAUAAGGUUAAAAUGAUAGCGGGUAAAAUUAUCCCAGCUAUAGCUACUACCACCGCCAUGGUUACUGGUAUGGUAUCUUGUGAGCUCUUGAAGGUCCUUAUGGAUGAAGGGAAUGAAUACGACAUUGAAAGGUAUAAGAAUUCUUUUGUCAAUCUCGCCUUGCCUACAUGGAUCCUUAGCGAGCCUCUUCCACCUAUGAAGACAGUAUCAAAGGAGUAUGACCCCAUCGCUAUGGGGCCAGUGAGAGCCAAGCCUGAGGGUUUUACUCCAUGGAUGAAGUUGGUCAUAAAUCAUGGCCCUGAAGGCACUCUGAGGGAGUUGAUCGAUUGGCUUGCUAAGGAGCAGAAUGCCGAGGUUAUGAUCCUCUCAUCCGGGAAUGCAUGCCUCUAUAAUGCAUUCCUUCCCGCACAUAAGAAGCGUUUGGAUCAGAAGAUGCCUGAGCUCUAUGAGGAGAUCACUAAACAAAAGAUCCCUCCUACUAGGAACUACUUGGUGCUUGAAGUAUCUGCCAGUGAUAUGGAUGACCAAGUGGAUACAACCCUACCGACUAUCAAGUACAUAUUCCAAUAGAUGGGUAUAUAUGAUGAUAGCAACACUAUGAGGGUUGUUAUGACUAUCUUUGUACCUUCUGUUUCGUCUGGGCAAUCAUAGCUCAUAUGUACAGCUCU